AUAAAACCCAAAUCUAAAAACAAAAAAAUCGGUAAUAAAUGGAAAAGAAUGUUGAACGACUACUCGCAGAAUACGACUUUACAUGGACUUAGAUAUGCCGGUAAUAAUGAACUAAGCGCUAGUGAAAGGUGUUUUUGGAUAAUAUCUUUUGGAUUAGCAGUUAUCACAGCAAUUUACUUUAUUAUGAAUUUGGUCCAUAAAUGGCAAGACAUGCCUGUAAUUAUAAGUCUAUCGCCAAAAGCAACUCAGCUUACAAGCAUACCAUUUCCCGCCAUUACCAUAUGUAACAUGAACAACGCAAGAAAAUCUGUUGCCCGAACCAUUUUAGAAACCAAUAUCGAUCGUCGUUUGUUAAGCGAUUUCUGCGACGAAGACCCAUUAUCAAUGGAUUCGUCAAUUGACAAUUACACAGGCGAUUGGGAUUCAUUAAAAAAAUUUAUGAUUAGAGUAUCUCAACCCUGUCACGACAUGAUUGUGUCAUGUCAAUGGGCAAACAACCCUAAAGUUUGUUCAGAAUUAUUUAACCCUUCAUUAACAGAUGAAGGUAUAUGUUGUUCAUUUAAUAAAGUAAAAUCGGAUUACAUAUUUCGGAACCCAAAAGAUUUAUCAGAUUUAAAUCUUACCUUUCCAAAUCCGUCUGCAAAUUGGACUCCCGAAAAUGGAUACCCGCCGAAUACGCCUGCUGAUUAUAUUCCCUGGAGGCCUUGGGGUGCCGGUAAUCAUCUAGGAUUAACUCUUGUUUUGGAUGCUGAAAUCGAAGAAUAUUAUUGUUCAUCAGAAGUCAGUUAUGGAUUUAAGGUGAUGUUACACAGUCCCGUAGAAACUCCAAAAAUAUCAUCAUUUGGUAGUUUAAUAUCUCCAGGAAGAGAAACAUCAUUAGAAAUUCACCCUACCGUAGGAAUGGCUACACCAGCAUUAGCUGAAAUAGAAAAAGAAAAACGUCAAUGUGUAUACUCAGCGGAAAAACAAUUGAGAUUCUAUAGAACUUAUACUCAACGGAACUGUAUACUAGAAUGUGAAGCAAAUUUUACAUUAAUGUUUUGUCAAUGCGUCAUGUAUUAUAUGCCAAAAGAUAGUUUUUCGAGGAUUUGUGGAAAAAAAGAUGAAGCGUGUUCGGAUAAAGCUAAAUUGGCAAUAGAACUCCGAUAUAGUUCACCGUUAACGAAUAUGACACAAUUAUUGAAUGGAACAUAUUUACCGAAUUGCACUUGCUUACCAGGAUGCCACUGGAUUGGGUAUAAUAAAGUACAUUCAUCAUCACCUUUGGCCAAUAGUUAUAAAAUCAAGCCAACAUAUUUAGCUGGAAAAACUUCCAGUUAUUUUAAAAAAAAUAUGGCUGUAAUUCACUUUUUCUUUGAAGAAACUCAAUUUACUGGUUUUACAAAAGGAGAAUUGUUUGGAUUUACAGAAUUUCUAUCUAACACGGGAGGACUUUUAGGAUUGUUCAUGGGUUUUAGUUUUCUCAGUGCAAUUGAAGUAAUAUAUUUUAUUUCAUUGCGUUUAUGGUGUGCAAUACCAAAUAAAAACAAAGUAACUGAUCAAAAGAACAAUCUGAAAAAUAUCUCAUAAUUUAGCGUUAGACUAAACACAGUUUAUUAUAAAUAAAUGUUAAAGAAGCAU